AACAGCCCAGGCCUCCCUCCCUCCUUCUGGCUCCGUCUUCCGGCGCAUGCGCGCCCGCGGCUGAGGCGUUUGAAGAGAAUGGCGGCAAAGCCUCCAGGCGGCGGGAAGAGCGGCGUCGUCGCCGAGAAAGGGCCCGGCGCUAGGCCCAAGGAGCGGAAGGGAAGAGUGGUGCCCUCGCGGUACAUGGAUUACGAGAAGAAAGUGGAGGGAAAGUCCAUCUUGGAGAGAAGCCUGCAGGCUCCCAAAGGGCAGGAGACAUCAUUCAAAACACCGGCCACGCAGGUUGCAAAAGGCAAAGCUCCUGCAGCGUUGCAGUCGACGCUGCUGGAUUGCCAUGAGAGCCUCCCUCCGGCUCUGGAAGUGUCGGCCAUUCAAGGUGUAGCACCAGGGGCCAGGAAGAAGCCCACCUCCGCCAAGGAGAAGCAAAGCCCCACCAGGGAGAAGAAAACCACCAAGAAGAUGAAGCAAGCCCAGGCCGAGACCUUGAUUGAGAUGCAGGAUUCCCGGUCGCUGCUCUGGACCUUUGCGGCUCUUCAGAUGGAGCAGAACCUGGCCCGUUUGGAGCAGGAAGGCGAGGAGAAGCUGGCCGUGCUCUUGGCGGAGAGGGACCGGCUCCAGAGAGAAGCCCUGCGCAAGAAAGGCCUGUUGGCCGAGAAGGAGAGGCAGAGGCAGCUCGGCCAGGCCUUGGAGGCACAGCGGGAGGCCCUGGGGCCCUUGGAGGAGCACGGCCUCUGCUUCCAGGAGGAAUACCAGGCCUUUGCCACCGCCCUGGAGGCCACGUGCCAGGCGCUGCCCGUGAAGGAGGCCCACGUGCCGGAGGACAAGGGCCGCUUCCUAGCCGACCUGGAAGCAGCCCUUUGGGAAAACAAAGGCCUCUUGGCCGAAGCCCUCCGGGAGCCCAGCCGAAGCCACGCCCACGCCCAGAAGCCGGCCCAGGAGUUGCAGGAGGCGGCCCAGGAAGUGGCCCAGGAGCUGGCCAGGGCCUUUUCGGAGGUGGCCAAGCUCUCUGCGGACGUCAGCAAGGCGGUCUCUUUGGCGGCCCAGGCGGCCGGGGAGGAGGCCGUGGGCCUGGACGUGGCCAAGCGGCUCUACUUCGGAUAGCCCCCCCCCCCUCUCUCAUCCAGACGCACCGCGGCACUUUCCAGCCUCACCACGGCACUUGCCUCUUGCACAGAAGAAACCACGGAGAUUUCUCUUUCGAGGAGAGCAGGGUUUUGUGAUAAGUUCACUUGGUUUGUACUAGAACACGUUGGUAUUUUCUGA